AUGGUGGCCCUGCAGGCGCGCGGGCAGGGCCGCUGCGACUCUGAUUCACGGCCCCCCGCCCUCCCCCGAGAACCUCAAUUUCCAGAGGCAGCCGCAGGUUGCGCACGGGAGGAGAGUUGCAAAUACGAGGUGGGUCCGCUGCGGCUGCGGCUGCGGCCGCCGCUACAUGUCGCCUCCGCGCAGUUCCCGGCGGCGAAGCGGAGACCCGCGGGAUUCCGGGCUGCGGCUGCGGCUGCGGCUCCGGCUCCGGCUCCGGCCACCGCCGGCUCCCGCCCAGCCCUGCCCCGCAGCGCACCUAGGGCUCUAGGAGCUAGACGAAACCCGAAAUCGCUGACCAUGUGGGGAGAAGACACUUUUCUGGGCUCGGCGGGAGCCCUGCAGCCGGAGCUGGGAGUGGAGAGCGCGCUUCCGCCCAAGCUUUUCACUCGUGGGUAGGGGCGGGGGGUCUCCUUUCACCCCGGGGCUCAGUCGGAGAGCGGAGCAGUGUUCACCGGAGCCCAAGUAAGGCUGCUGAUAGGUCUGCUCCUGCCUGGCCUGGAUCCCUCGACUUCCCCCGACUCCACCCCCAGAGGGACAACUCCGCGGCCGGGAGCACUAGUGAGACCAGUGAGCUCUCCGACAGCGGCUCUCUUCCCUGGCAGCUGGGAAGGUCUCUGUCAAUCAGGUUCUGCUUUUAAAGGACAGAAAGAAAGGAGGAAGGAAAGGGGAUCCCCUGAUUUUAAACCUACUGUCGACCUUGGAUCCACGAGAGAAAUCUCCAGCCUCCCCACCCGGCAUUCGCAUCAAGGCACCUCCCAGUGUGGUCCUUGCUACCCCUCUAACCCCUCCCACUCCCCACUCCUGCAACUCGACUCUCUCAAGACUUCUUGCCUUCCCCAUCCCUUUAAGGCUAUCUGAUGCUUACCUGUGUUUUCAAUCCAGUCCAAUGCACACCUUCUUUGUGAAGAUUUUCAGGGGUUUUCCAGCCCUGUGAUCCCUGUAUUGGAACACCACCAGAAUAUAUUGCCUGAAACCUCUGUAAGCCAACCGUGCAGCGCCUUCUUUCACUGCUAGUGUACUUGUAUAGUUUUACUGUUUAACCUUGCAUUGUUCCCUGAGUCGGGGUUUGUCUGCCCAACUAACUAGACUGGUUGACUUGAGGACCGGACUUUGAGAUAAAGUCUGAGAUAGACUUUUAAACUCCCUCAACAGACUCGUUCAAAAUACGUGUUCAAUAAACAUUUAACUGGUUGGAUUUAAAGCUUA